CUUGAAGAAGAAAUAGAGAAAUUAAAUGGAAGUAAAGGUCUGCGAAAUAAAGAAGAAACUUUAAAAUUAGCGAGGCUGAUGGUUCGUGCAGAUGACCCGACAACCCGUCAUCAGUUGCUUGAUAUUAUCAUUAAAACUGAAGAACAAGCUUGCCUACGUUUAUUCCUGGAUUAUCAUGGGCUUCCUUUAAUGUGGUGUUGGAUGGCCGAUAAUGUUGAUCUAGAUUUAAAGGCUAAGAUUUUGCAGGUUUUGGCAUUGCUUCCAAUAUCAAACAAGACUAUGCUGCGUGACAGUAAAGUUAUGAGUGUCGUUGAAAAAUGGUUACAGGAGUGUUCAGGAAGCAGAAGUAAUGUUUCAGCAAUUUCAUCUGAUUCUUCUGCAUUAAAUCCUGCAACUGAAGAAAACUCUGAACCUCUAAGUAAAAAGCUGAAAGUAGAUUUUUCUGAUUGUGAAACUGAUAGUUCAGGCUCUCAGAAAGUGGAUGACAAUCCAUCUGAAAAUACUCCAUCUAUAAUUGAAAAUGUAGUUUCUCCUGAUGGCGAGACACAGUCUGAACCAUCAAAAGAAAAUAAUUCAACAGAUGUGCAGCAGAUAGAGUGUACAGUUUCUGAAGAUGAUCAAUCUUCAGGCCUAAAAAUGAAUAUUUCAAAUAUGGCUACAGAACUUCUCAGCAAUUGGAAGAAUCUAAAAGAACUGUUUCGAAUUCCUCGUCUAGAACAGCAAAAACGAAGGGAAGAUGAGCUGGAAGCUGAUCAUAAAGUUAUUCCAGAACUUCCUCCAGAAAUCAAAAUUCCAAUGGCUGAACCAGCUGGUGAUCAAAUUCAAGUUGUUAUUUCUGGAAAGAUAUGUAAUUUUUCUGAGAAUGUUAAGUCAUUUGAUUACCAAGACAGUAACAUGAAAACGGAAGAUAAUCCUCGCAAGACUGGACGUUCUAAUCCUCUUCUUCCAUCGCCAAAACUUCCCAAUCGUCAUUUUACGAAGCGUGGAGUUGAUAAAGCAGGACCAAGAAAAUUAAGAGAAGAUUCUCCAUCAGGGUCUGCCACUCCUCUUUUUCCUGCCAAUAUCCCACUUCCUGGUGCUCAAGUUUCUACCCGGCCACCACUUUUGCCAUCUCCAAAUAUUUUUGAGCCAUCUCCUUUUAAUUUCCCUCCUCCAGUAAAUCCGCCAGCCACUCCUCUCCAGCAUUUGGAUCCAGCACCUCAAGUUAUGUUCUCACCUCAGAUGGUUUAUCCACAACCUCAGGUUUCUAUAUGA